AUGAAGUAUUAUAAUAAAAUAUAUUUAGGCAUUAAAUUUAUCUCCUGAUGGAUCAUUUUGGAAAAGAAAAGUAUUUUAUAAAAUAAGAUUAUGUGAAAUAUUCUCAUUUAUGCUUGCCUCUGCAUUUAUGA